UUGUCCACACCUGUCCGGAUAGGUAUAAAUACGGCACCCUCACACCCAGACGGUCAUUUCUGGAAGCGGUGCAACUCCUGGUGGUCGUUAUGGCAGCGCUGCACGGUCUGCUCCUGGUCUUCACCGCCAGUCUGGUGCUGGGCUACUCUCAAGACGUUCGGAAUGACAUCCCAGCCUACGCUAGCUCUGACGAUGGCGACAGCGGCUACCUGGGCGCUCUUGUGAACCUACUGAACAACGGCCUGACCGAAGUCCUGGAGAAACCAAAGCGCCAAUUGGACGAGGAAGAAGGCAGCGGGUCGCCCGAAGAACUACCACCAACAGAAUCUGUACAAACCUUUGAAUGCAAUGUCAACGAGACCGUAUCGUUCCUAUGGCGAUGUGACGGCGGUGAGGACUGUGCCGACGGAGCUGACGAAGCAGACUGCGACGGUUUCUGUGGAGAUGCAGGGUACCCGUCUGAAGACUGUGCGUGCGACGAUUGCUCCGCCGCCCGUGAAUCUCUCAUUUGUGCAUGUCCUUUCGACCAAUGUAAUUCAGAGUUGUCGGCUUCCUGUGAAGACUCUGACACCAGCGACACACCGACUUACACACAGACCAAACAUCUAGUGUAUGGAGGAAGAGUGUCCGCACCUUGCUACGAGCUUAUCCAGCUGUUUUUCGUGGUCGACGGUUCGGCGAGUCUCGGCAUCAUGAACUUCGAAAAGGUGAAAAAGUUCAUGCGCGAUGCCGUGGACUCGUUUGUCAUCGGGCCUGGUCACACCUCUGCUGCGGUCAUCCAGUAUGCGUACGACUAUCGGCAAGAAAUCAAACUGAAUCAGUACCAAGACAGUGCUUCCCUGAAAAACGCCAUCGCGUGCAUUGUGUAUCUGGACGGUGCUGGCACGCAGACUGCCGCCGCCAUCAACGCCAUGGUAAACGCAGCUUUGCUGGUCCCCACUUCUGGCAAGCGGAUGGGUAUGGUCAUCACGGAUGGGAGGAGUCAGCAAGGCAGGAUGUCUGUUCUGGAAGCUUCGGACAAUGCUAGACGUAAUGGCUUCACCAUGUAUGCAGUGGGUGUUGGCCCAGUAGACAGCGCAGAAAUGCUACAAAUUGCUGGAGACUCCAGCAGAGUCAUGAAUGUGCAAGAUCCCUCCCAGCUAGUGUUCGACGCCCUCCGACCACAGAUACAAGGAGACUUCUGCCCAGAUUACACCAACUGGACCAUUACCUGUAACGGAGACGCCAUGACUGUUGCUAUCCUGAGGUCCCGGAUGCCCUCGCUUUCCGCUAUUGACCUGCAUCUGACAGACCCCGCCUGUGGUGCCACGGACAACGGCACACAUCUCGUGCUGACCACCCCUCUCACCGGCUGCGGAACAAGUAGCUCAGAAAGACCAAACAGCAUUGUUUACCGCAACCGGGUAACACAAGACUGGCAAAGGCGAGCCCACAGCGAACCCAUCAUCAGGGACUGUGGGUUUAUCCUGGACUACAGCUGCGAGCUUCCCCGACACAAGACCGUGGUGGCCGACUAUAACCCCAUCGUCCAGCCGGACCGCUACUCAGAGCGAGGAGAGGGCCAAAUCUACGCCAUUCUGAGGUUUUGUCGAGAGCCAGGCUGCCCAGCCUACAUCACGGAGUACCCGGUCAUGGCGCGUGUUUGUGAGGACAUCUAUGUAGAGAUCCAGCUGGUCUCGGCAGAUCCCGACCUCAGCAUACUGACGGAGCGAUGCGUCGCCAGGGACACGCCCACUAUCGUCACUGGGACUACCGUGUAUGAACUCGUCAGAGAUGGCUGCCCCGUCGACCCGACCUAUCACGAGUUAGCCGCUCCAAAUCACGCCACGGACCGCUUCAAGUUCGAGGCCUUCAAGUUCGUCACGGACUUCCCCAAAGUGUACCUGACCUGUGACCUUCUCGUCUGCAAAUCUUCAGACCUGGGGAACAGGUGUUCACAAGGCUGUCAGCGGACGGUUGUCGGGAAGCGGUCGGUGGACGACAGGAUGGAGCUCAGGCGGACGAUUGUCAGUGGGCCCCUGGUGAUGGAGAUGGACGGCGAUCGGAAAUACAUGGACACUAUAUGAUCAUCAGGCAGAGAAAGCUGAACUACUUUAUUCAUCGCUAAUCUCAGCAAGAUGAAAAGCCGACUUAUGCGAGUUCAAAGGAAAAGAGUACUCAAUAUAUAAAUAUAUGUAUAAACGUGAAAAUAUCGUAAUGUGAGAUUAUUGAAAAACAACGCGUUGUGGCAUAUUGUGUAUAGUAGAAUGGCAUUUAUGGUAGGGCAUUGUAUAUAUCUGUAAUAAAAUCGUCUCGUGAAU